UCUAGUUUGUGGAUAGUGUCUGAUCAUGGCGGCGGUUCGUGUGUUGUGUGUUGCCAGCCGGUUUAAUCGGAAAGUGUUACAAUGGCCUAAAGCUACCUUCAGAGCCCCGAGCAGGACGGUCGCACAUUUCACUUUUCAGCCGGAUCCGGAGCCUACUGAAUAUGGCCCAACUCAGAAGAUGAAUCUUUUCCAGUCUGUGCAAAGUGCCUUGGAUAAUACACUAUCAAGAGACCCUACUGCAGUAAUAUUUGGUGAAGAUGUUGCCUUUGGAGGAGUGUUCCGAUGUACUGUUGGGCUGCGAGAUAAAUAUGGUAAAGACAGGGUUUUCAACACACCCUUGUGUGAACAGGGAAUUGUUGGAUUUGGCAUUGGAGUUGCAGUUGCUGGCGCUACCUCCAUUGCAGAAAUUCAGUUUGCAGACUACAUAUUUCCAGCAUUUGAUCAGAUAGUUAACGAGGCUGCCAAAUACCGAUACAGAUCUGGAGACCUCUUCAACUGCGGGAGUCUGACUAUAAGAGCUCCGUGGGGCUGUGUUGGUCAUGGGGCACUUUAUCAUUCUCAAAGUCCUGAGGCUUUCUUUGCUCACUCUGCUGGAAUAAAGGUGGUCAUCCCCAGAAGUCCUGUCCAGGCAAAAGGCUUGCUACUAUCCUGUAUAGAAGAUAAAAAUCCAUGUAUUUUCUUCGAACCCAAGAUACUCUAUAGAGCAGCAGUGGAGCAAGUUCCGGUGGAGCCGUAUUACAUUCCCUUGUCUCAAGCUGAGGUGAUACAAGAGGGAAGUGAUAUCACUCUUCUUUCUUGGGGCACUCAGGUUCAUGUCAUUCGUGAGGUUGCAGCUUUAGCCCAAGAAAAGCUGGGCUUGUCUUGUGAGGUGAUUGACUUGAGGACUAUUCUCCCAUGGGAUGUGGAAACUGUUUGUAAGUCCGUGGCAAAGACUGGGCGUUUAUUAAUCAGUCACGAGGCUCCAGUAACAGGCGGCUUUGCAGCUGAGAUUAGUUCUACAGUACAAGAGGAAUGUUUCCUGAAUCUGGAAGCACCAAUAGCUCGAGUUUGUGGAUAUGACACCCCAUUUCCACACAUUUUUGAACCUUUUUAUAUACCCGACAAGUGGAAGUGCUUUGAUGCUAUUCGAAAAAUGAUUAAGUUCUGAUAAUGUUGCGAUUUUAUUACUGAACAGAAGCACAAGAAGAUGGAUUUUACUGAAAUAGUAUACAUUAAAGCAAUUGAGCGGAAAAUGGAUUAUUGGGCAAUUCCAUAAGAAAUCUACAUAAUAUAAUAAAAAUGUUGAGCCUCAUCCAAAGGGCAGCAAACCUGAUCGCAUCUUUCUUUAGUUUUUUUUAUAUUUUUUUUUUGUUCUCUUUGUACAGAAUAUUAAAAAAAAUACUGUAAACCUAUAAAGUUUGUUUAUCAAGAUCAAAAGUAGAAUUAACUAUGGUUUUACAUUAUACAAUAUAGUGCUGGUUUGUUUUAAAAAAAAAUAUAUCACUAGUAAAGAGUAUUUGAAUAGCUUA